CAACUCGUCGAUCUUGCUGCCGCUGGCAACGGCCUCAUUCAUCUCAAUGCCCAGACAUAUGAACUAUUGACCGCCUCCAACCGCAACUGGUCUGCUGCCAUCCAGUUCACAGCACUGGACAAGCGGCGUAGAUGUGAGCCAUGCAGGGAAUUUGAUCCAUCGUGGACCGCAGUUGCCAAAGCCUGGGUAGCCGCCCCCAAGGAACAUCGUGACGCCCAUUUCUUUGGAACCUUAGACUUUGACGACGGUCAAACGGUCUUUGCGCAGCUUGGAAUGACCUCGGCGCCAGUCGUCUACAUGUACCCUCCAACCCAAGGUCCUCGACAGCCUGCCAAUGGAAAAUAUAAUCCAAUCAAAUAUGACUUCUCCAAUGGUUUCGAGGCUGGACCUCUGGCGGAGCAACUCUCCAAUCAUACCCCCGUUCCAAUCCCAUACAAAGCACCCAUUGACUGGACUCGUUGGGGCACCUACAUUACUGGUUUCCUGGGCGCCCUCUCCGUUCUUCGUUAUAUUGCACCGGUUCUCAAAAGCCGAUGGACUUGGGCUGUCCUCUCGAUCCUGAGUUCACUCAUCUUCACUUCUGGCUACAUGUUUACGCGUAUCAGAAAUGCUCCAUACUCUGGUGCAAACGGUAAUUGGAUUGCUAAUGGGUAUCAAAACCAGUUCGGGCAAGAGGUUCAAGUCAUAGCCUUAGUUUAUGGUCUCCUCGCGUUUUCCUUCCUGAUGCUUACUGUCAUCGUGCCCUACCAGACAUCUGCUUCUCGACAAAGGCUGCAGGUAUAUCUUUGGGUUGGAAUCAUCAUGAUCAUCUAUUCUGUCCUAGUCAGCAUUUUCAGAGUCAAGAACAGAGGUUAUCCAUUCCGUUUGUUCCUGUAG